AAGUCCUGAGAAAGAUUUUACUCAAGCAUGUUAUCUAUCGUAAAUGAAAGAUUGAUCAGGUUCCAUCCGAUUUAAUCCAUUAUCAAUCUUGCUUCACUUGCUGUCUUAUCCUGUUCCACAGGCUUGUCUUUGUCGAAGUGGUUUUCCUUUUGCCCUUUAUGCACAAGAAAGUGAAUGAUAAGCUUAUCCCAUCAUGCCGCAUUCAUCAAAUUGCUAUAGCUUUUGUGCAUCACAUGCAUCAUAUGUGAUGCUCUUCUUUGCGUAUAUAUAGGGUAACAUAGGAUGCAAGUUCUUCAAAUUAUAUCAAGAUACACAGGACUGAAAAAUUAUACCUAGACCAACUAUGCCAGAAGGCGAAGAUCAUUUGCUAUCCCUCCCAAAACAACGGAAAACCCGGACCCAGAAGGCCUUGAGAAAAUCCCUCAAAGGCACAGCGGCUCUCUCCAAUCUCCUCCCCACCGGCACGACCUUCGUCUUCUCGCUUCUCUCUCCGGUUUUCACUAACAAAGGCCAAUGCACCAGCACUCUCACCCACAUCCUCACCAUAUGCCUUCUCGCGGUCUCUGCGAUGGCAUGUUCCCUCUUAUGCUUCACUGACAGCAUCAGGGAUGAAAAAGGCAAGGUCCGGUAUGGAUUCGCCACGAGUAAAGGGCUGUGGGUGAUUGCUGCGUCGGUGAAGCUCUCACAUGCCGAUGCAGAGAAAUAUAAGUUGAAGGGGAGAGACUUUCGGCACGCGUUCAUGUCGGCGCUGGUCUUUGCGGUGGUUGCGUUCUGCGAUCAGAAUGUGAUCAAGUGCUUCUUCCCAGUGGAGUCGGAGCUGGCCAAGUGGCUCCUAGAGGUGGUGCCCUUGGCGGUCGGAGGUGUUUGUUCUGUUUUCUUUUUGCUGUAUCCAACGACGCGCCAUGGAAUUGGCUUUCCUCUUUCACGUGAGUAGUAGAACCAGUGACAAUGGAUGCCUCAUCGCGUGUGCAUGUCUUGUGCCUUACUCUCUGGUUCAUUUGUGAUCUAUGUAUCUCAU